AUGAUGUGUUCAUCAUUCUCAGUAGAUUCAUUGCCGGAUCUGACCGGUCGUGUUUAUAUUGUCACGGGAGGAAACGCUGGCAUUGGCUAUGAAACAGUCUACGGCCUCGCCUCUAAAGGCGCCGCCGUCUACCUCUGCGCCCGAUCCGAGUCUAAAGCCACAACAGCCAUAACCUCCCUUCGCGAGAAACUCCAAAACCCCAGUGCACCAAUCCACUACCUACACAUGGACAACAUGGACCUCUCAACCGUUGUCGCAGCCACAAACACCUUCCUCUCCAAAGAAUCUACCUUACACGGACUUAUCCUCAACGCCGGAAUAAUGUGUACUCCCUGGGAAGAAUCAACAGACGGUUACGAAUCUCACUGGCAAACAAAUUACCUCUCGCAUUACCUACUCUCAUACCUUCUCUUACCGACUAUUCAAUCCACGGCGUUGAAUUGUGAACCUGGUGUCGUUAGGAUCGUUGAGCUGACAAGUGCAGCUUGGCAGAUGGCUAAGGGACCUGGUAUUUGGUUUGAUCAAAUAGCUUUACCGAAACAUGAGCCAUAUGAUCGGUAUUGUCAAAGUAAACUUGCGAAUGUUUUACAUAUUAGAGAACUGCAGAAGAAAGUUGGCCCGAAGGCUGGGGAUCCGGUGAAGGGCGAGAUUUGGGUUGCGUCUGUACAUCCGGGGUUAGUCGAGACGGGUUUAUCGGCCAACUUUGCGACCACCAGCGUUCUCGGACGUACGUUGCUCCGAAUGGGUAUGGGAGCACCUCCAGAUAAAGGAGCACUAGGAUCGCUGUUUGCGGCGGCAAGUAACGAUUUUAAGAGAGAUUGGUCGGGGGGUUAUAUGGUCCCUACAGCGAAGAAAGGGUGGACGUGGAGAUGGGCGAAUGAUAAAGACUUACAGGAGAAACUUUGGAAGUGGACAGAGGAUCAAAUGAGGUGGAAGGGGUUUUUGAGUAGUUCGAUUCGGUUAUAG